AUGUCGCUUAACAACUCUUCCCAUGUGUUCCUGGAUUCAGUCCCCAGUAAUACCACUCGCUUUCAGGUUAAUGUCAUAACUGAGAGCCACGAGAGCUGUGUGGCUGCAGAUGACAACACUGACCCGCCACACUAUGAAGAAACCUCUUUUGGGGGUGAAGCCCCAAACAGACUCAGAAUCAGCGUUAGGCCGGGGAAUCAGGAGCGCUAUGACAAUUUCCUCCAAAAUGGGGCAACUGCUAAAACAGACGCCAGUUUUCAUGCGUAUGACUCUCACCCAAAUACCUACUACCUGCAAACCUUUGGCCACAACACUUUGGAUGCUGUGCCCAAGAUCGAGUACUAUCGCAACACCGGCAGCAUCAGUGGGCCCAAGGUCAACCGGCCCAGCCUGCUGGAGAUACAUGAGCAACUUGCAAAGAAUGUGGCUGUGACUCCAGGUUCAGCUGACAGGGUUGCUAAUGGCGACGGGAUGCCUGGAGAUGAGCAGACUGAAAACAAGGAAGAAGAGGACACAGGCGGUGCUGUGAAGUUUGGCUGGGUGAAAGGCGUGCUGGUAAGAUGCAUGCUGAAUAUCUGGGGCGUCAUGCUCUUCAUUCGCCUUUCCUGGAUUGUUGGAGAAGCUGGAAUUGGUCUCGGAGUCAUCAUCAUUGGCUUGAGUGUGGUGGUGACAACACUAACAGGUAUUUCCAUGUCCGCUAUUUGCACAAAUGGAGUAGUGAGAGGAGGUGGGGCCUACUAUCUUAUUUCCAGAAGCUUAGGGCCCGAGUUCGGUGGGUCUAUAGGCUUGAUCUUUGCGUUUGCCAAUGCAGUGGCCGUGGCUAUGUACGUGGUGGGAUUUGCUGAGACGGUGGUAGAUCUCCUUAAGGAGAGUGAUUCAAUGAUGGUGGAUCCUGUCAAUGACAUCCGGAUAAUAGGCGCCAUCACAGUGGUGAUUCUUUUAGGAAUUUCAGUAGCUGGAAUGGAAUGGGAAGCAAAGGCUCAAGUGAUUCUUCUGAUCAUUCUUCUCAUCGCUAUUGCAAAUUUCUUCAUUGGAACCGUCAUUCCAUCCAACAAUGAGAAGAGGUCCAGAGGCUUCUUUAAUUACCAAGCAUCAAUAUUUGCAGAAAAUUUUGGGCCAAGCUUCACAAAGGGAGAAGGCUUCUUCUCUGUCUUUGCCAUUUUUUUCCCAGCAGCUACUGGGAUUCUUGCUGGUGCCAACAUCUCAGGAGAUUUGGAGGAUCCCCAAGAUGCCAUCCCCAGAGGAACCAUGCUGGCUAUUUUCAUCACCACCGUGGCCUACAUAGGAGUUGCCAUUUGUGUAGGAGCCUGUGUGGUCCGAGACGCCACUGGAAGUAUGAACGACACCAUCAUCUCUGAAAUGAACUGCAAUGGUUCAGCAGCCUGUGGCUUGGGCUAUGACUUUUCGAGAUGUCGGCAUGAACCAUGUCAGUAUGGACUGAUGAACAAUUUCCAGGUCAUGAGCAUGGUGUCUGGGUUUGGCCCCCUCAUCACUGCUGGGAUCUUUUCUGCAACGCUCUCCUCGGCCCUGGCCUCCCUCGUCAGCGCACCCAAGGUGUUCCAGGCUCUGUGCAAGGACAACAUCUACAAAGCCUUGCAGUUCUUUGCAAAGGGAUACGGGAAAAACAACGAGCCCCUGAGAGGAUAUUUUCUCACCUUUGUUAUUGCCAUGGCGUUCAUUCUUAUUGCGGAACUAAACACCAUUGCGCCCAUCAUCUCCAACUUCUUCCUGGCCUCAUAUGCACUUAUUAAUUUCUCCUGCUUCCAUGCCUCCUAUGCCAAGUCUCCAGGAUGGAGACCUGCGUAUGGAAUUUACAACAUGUGGGUGUCCCUUUUCGGAGCUGUUUUGUGCUGUGCAGUCAUGUUUGUCAUCAACUGGUGGGCAGCUGUCAUCACCUAUGUCAUUGAGUUCUUCCUCUAUGUCUAUGUGACUUAUAAGAAGCCAGAUGUGAACUGGGGCUCCUCCACACAGGCUCUUUCCUAUGUGAGCGCUUUAGACAAUGCUCUGGAACUAACCACCGUGGAAGACCAUGUGAAAAACUUCAGGCCCCAGUGCAUUGUCUUAACAGGGGCACCCAUGACAAGACCUGCUCUCUUGGACAUAACUCACGCCUUUACCAAGAACAGUGGCCUUUGCAUCUGCUGUGAAGUCUUUGUGGGGCCGCGCAAGCUGUGCGUUAAGGAGAUGAACAGUGGCAUGGUGAAAAAGCAGGCCUGGCUCAUAAAGAACAAACUCAAGGCCUUUUAUGCUGCAGUGGCGGCAGACUGUUUCCGAGAUGGUGUCCGGAGUCUUCUUCAGGCUUCAGGCUUGGGAAGAAUGAAACCAAACACUCUGGUGAUUGGAUAUAAAAAAAACUGGAGGGAAGCUCCCCUGACAGAGAUUGAGAACUACGUGGGAAUCAUACACGAUGCGUUUGAUUUUGAGAUUGGCGUGGUCAUAGUCAGAAUCAGCCAAGGGUUUGACAUCUCUCAGGUUCUUCAGGUGCAAGAAGAAUUAGAGAGAUUAGAACAGGAGAGACUGGCCCUGGAAGCCACUAUCAAGGAUAAUGAAUGUGAAGAAGGAAGCGGAGGCCUCCGGGGCUUGUUUAAAAAAGCUGGCAAGCUGAACAUCACUAAACCAGCUCCGAAGAAAAGCGGCAGCAUUAACACCAUUCAGUCGGUGCAUGUCGGGGAGUUCAACCAGAAGCUGGUAGAAGCCAGCACCCAAUUUAAAAAGAAGCAAGGAAAAGGCACAAUUGAUGUUUGGUGGUUAUUUGAUGACGGAGGGUUGACACUCCUUAUCCCCUAUAUCUUGACCAUCAGAAAAAAAUGGAAAGACUGUAAAUUAAGAAUCUAUGUUGGAGGGAAGGUCAACCGCAUCGAAGAAGAAAAAAUUGCAAUGGCUUCUCUUCUGAGCAAAUUUAGAAUAAAAUUUGCAGAAAUCCAUAUCAUUGGUGACAUCAACGUUAAGCCGAACAAAGAGAGCUGGAAAGUCUUUGAAGAGAUGAUUGAACCCUAUCGUCUCCAUGAAAGCUGCAAAGAUUUGACAACUGCUGAGAAAUUAAAAAGAGAAACUCCAUGGAAAAUUACAGAUGCAGCCCUGGAAGGGGUCAAGGAAAAGAGUUACCGCCAAGUUCGACUGAAUGAGCUCUUACAGGAGCAGUCAAGAGCUGCUAACCUCAUUGUCCUGAGUCUUCCGGUGGCAAGAAAAGGAUCUGUAUCGGAUUUGUUGUACAUGGCUUGGUUGGAAAUCCUCACGAAGAACCUCCCUCCUGUCUUACUAGUUAGAGGAAAUCACAAAAACGUCCUGACAUUUUAUUCUUAA